UGCGAGGCGGUCAGCCUCCCCGAGAUCGACGCCACGACGAAGAAGCACUACGCUGUCGAGGUCGACAAGGGCCGCAGCAUCGGCCACAUCGCCGCGGCGAUCAAAGUGUUGGACACGACUGGCGACGGCGACCAGCUCUACUCUUCCAUCCGGAAGAUCGACGUCAAGCUCAAGGGGGCGCUGAAGGUGCUCAAGCCGAUCGACGUGCUGCCCGCGCUGCUGCACAAGAAGUUCGACCAAGCCGGGUACUGCGGCGACUUCGACGACGAGGAGGGGGAGAUGGAGGACCUCGGCAGCUUCGACUACGCCGAGGACUGCGUCGACGAGGGCGCUGACAGAGGCGACUACGAGUACUUCGAGAGCGAGGACGAGGACGUCCUCGACUGAGAGUUGCGCGCCGGGCCGCCGAGGUCUGCCGCGCCCCGCUGCGGCGCCAGCAGAGCCCGAAGCUCAAUGCGGGUACUAUUAUCUUGUGUCCCCUGGCUGCGUUCGAUUCCCGGCCCGUCUCUUCCACUUUUCUUUUACUGGUCCUGUUUAUUAUUGUCUCACCUCCUUCCCGCUGUCUCUGUCUCUCACCUUUGUUUCCCCCUCGUGUGCCGCACCUGCAGGCGGCCUCACGUACAGAAACUGUUUCAACUUGGCGCCGUCCAUCCUGUUGGAAUUGUCACAGCGCCAGCGCCCUCGCUGUCAUCACAUUCGUCGAUGUUGCCGCGCUCACCGAGGCAGUUGUCAUCAGUCUGUGUCUUUGCCUUGAACUGCUUUCAUUGUAC